GUUUAUUGUCAAUGAAGGCGUGUCACGUGGAAGCGUUUAUUUAUGUACGAUGUGGCUACAUUUAGUAAACACCGUGUAGUAGACAUAUCUUAUCUCUCUGAUUCAUUGAUAACUAUUGAAUUAGAUUUACGCCAUUUUACAUAACGAUGCUAGCUAACAGUUACAUCGUACAUGAAGCGGUCAAUCAGAAUCAGCAGUUUACCCAAGAAUAUUUAUACACAGAAAGUUUUUAUACUCAGCAAUAUACAACAAUGAAUAAUUUGGAAGAAAACAAUUAUGAAAAAGAAAAUUUUCCAAUACAGUGGCACGUUGAAAGUGAAAAUCGUUCAGUAGAUCCUGACAUUGUAAAAAAUACGAAUUUAAGAAUAGAAGCAAAGGAAUUCGUUCCUAGAUACUGUUUGGAUGUAAAUACGAACAUUAAUUAUGAAUCAACAAAGGAUACUGAUCAGAGUGUUGUAUAUAACAGAUCAGGCGGUCAUACAUUAGUUUCCACCCCAGAAGAAUUUAAUAAAACGAGUUGGGCCGAUGAUACAGCUGAAAAUGUGGCUGAAUGUUUAUCUGAUUUAAGUAGUAAGUUUUAUAAUACGGAAUUGAGUGAAGGGGUUCAUUUAAUACAAGAAAAUGAGAGCCAAGAUACACUAAGUACUAUGCCAACCAGAAGCUUUGAAGAAUUCGUUGGACAAAACAUCAAUAUUAAUGAAAAUCCCGAACAAUUACAUAGGUAUUGUAGUGUUGAUGAAUCACAUUUACCAGAAUUUAAUAAUACAGUCCAAACAGAAGAUUGUAUAGAUAGAACAAGUCAAAACAGGGACAAAAAUGAUGCCGGUAACAAAAACUUUCAACCUAGAUAUCAAUAUGAUAAAAAUAAUAGAGAACAUAAUAGAAAUUGGAAAAAGGAUGAUGGACAUUAUAGACAAAAAGGUAAAUCUAGAUAUUCUCAAACAUUUAGAGAAAAUUUUUCAAGAAAUAAAGACGAAGAACCAAGAGAUUUAAGGAGGAAUCACCACUCAAAUAGUGACCAGCAAAAAGAAUCACCCUACCGACACCUAGAAAAUGAUGCAAAACCAAAUAGACAAUAUUCAGACAGAGGUAAAACUCAAGAUAAGUACCGUAAUUAUGACAAGAGAAGAAAUUAUAACAGAUCUUCUCCAAACUUCAUAAAAAAUAGUAAUGAAGCAAUUGAGAUACAAUGUAGUACAACUGAAGUAAAUACCAAUGAAGAAACUAAUAAGAAUGAGAAUAAUGAAGUAACGGUUGAAGCAGAAACUCCUACUCAGAAAAUGACAGAAUUUAAUAAAUCAAACCAUUCAAUUAAGAAAGGAAAUCAAUACAGACAUAAUCGAAAGGAACAGGAUACAGAUGAAGAAAGUUUCAAAAGGAAAUGGUCUGAUCGACAGUCAUACGGCAAUAAGGAGGAAGUUGAAGAAUCAAAGUCAAUAAGUGAGGAAAAAGGUGCAAAACCUAGAAAUAGGAAUUAUCAGAAAGGUAGAUUUAUGAAUCCUAGAAGUUCCUCCAAUAAUUUUAGAGAAUAUCGCGAUAAGAAAGAUGAAAGGCAACAACAACAAAUUGAACCGGCAGAAAAUACUGAAAUAGUUAAAUCCGAACACCACAAAGAAAGAAAAUCAAAAUUUUAUCAAAAUUCCGAUAUUAAAAGUAGAACACCGGACAAUAAAACUUCCAAUACUGAAAGCUUGGAUGAAGAAAAACAUAAGGAAAGAAAUAGAAGAUUUCCAGAUAAACAUAAAUCAAUGAAAUAUAAUUCGAAAAAUCAGUCGUGCAGUGAUGUUGAAGAUGGUAUCAGAUUGAAUAGGAGAUCGUUUAAUAGAGACGAAAGUGAAAGAAAACCUGCAAAAUCAUUUAGAGAUGCUCUAUUCGAAAAGAAACACGAUAAACCGCGAGAUUUGAAACAAGAGCGGGGCGAUAUUAAAGUAGAAAUAACUGUACGUUAUGAGGGAUUCAAGAACAGACCGUCUGCUAUGUCAUAUACAGAACAUGUUUUUGAUGAAACAUACGCAGAAUCAGACCCUGAAUAUAAAGCUUUCCUACAAGAUUUAAAAGAUAACAAAUUAGUGGCAUCAGAGAAAAUCAAAGAACAAAAUCAAGAUUUGUUCAAAAUGUCUGAAGAUUAUUCAUUGGCUCACUGUGUAGCUGAGGAUAUGAGGAUGGGGAGUGGAAUAGCUGUUACUUUUAGAAAUACCUUUCGUCAUGUCGAUUCUCUUUUAAAUGUGAACGAAAAACCUGGAGGUUUGGCAGUUUUAAAACAAAAGGACAGAUUCUUGUAUUACCUAAUUACUAAAAGGAGAUCCAGAGAUAAGCCUUCUUACGAGGAUUUUUGGUGUUCUAUGAAGCGUUUAAGAGACCACAUUAAAAAACACCAAAUAGUCAAAUUAGCUGUACCGACACUCGGCUGUGGUUUGGAUCAAUUGAAUUGGCCAACGGUUAAACAAAUUAUGGGCUAUUUAUUCAGAGAUAUACAGAUUGAAAUAGUAGUUUGUAAUUUUACGCCGAACGAAGACGCUGUACCAACAAAUUCAAUCAAAAUCCAUCACAAAAACGACUAUCUUCCAAACGCCAAAGAGUCCAUAAUAGUUUAUUUCACUUCGGCAGAUUCGUACGUUACUGAAGAAAUUUUGGAAUUGAACAAACGAUUCUCAUUUCUAGAAGAUUUCAAACGAGCCCCUAAAAAUUUCGGAGGUGUUAUUAAAUCUAAGGUUUCAAAUUGUGUUUUGUGUGGGUGUGUUGUUAGAAAAACAAUCAAAGACUGUUUCAAUUACAAAAGUUUUUCUAUGGCUUUGAAUACUAUAAACAAAAUCAUCUUGGAUACAGGUUGUGACACUAUAGCCUUACAACACCUCAAAGAUGACAAGGACGAUUUAUUACAUCAAAAAAUCAUUACUCUUAUUAUAAACUACUUGGAAAAUGCCGAAGUUUUCGUUUAUAUGGGUCAAAUGGAUGAAUCCUUUGGGGAAACGUAACCUUGUAUUUAAUUAUUUUUUGCAGUCACUCAAAAAAGUGAUUUAUACCUUUUUAUACGUUAUCUACCAUUUUGGUGUUGAUAAUAUUAGGUAAACUAUUAUAUUUAACUUUAAUUGUGGUUUAUAACUUUUUUUUUCUUUCAUCUUUUCAGUUGUCAGAAGAGUGUUUCGGUUCUACUUGUACUCAUUUCUUCUGUCUUCACUUAUCUUCCGCAAUUUCUUUUAGUACGUCUAUCCAUGUUUACAUUGGUCUCCUCUUUUGUUUGUCAGUGGUAUUUCCACCAUCAUAAAUCAUCUUAAUUUUUGUCUAUUUUUCUUGUAAUUGUAUGCAUAUUUCAGUCUGCUCACUAUUUCGAUACUUUCUCUGCAAUAAUGGGGACAAUGCGUUAAUUUUUCUUUUUGAUAUUAAGACCAAUCAUCAGAGUAUAAGAGGUUCCUAUAUUCCUAUAUUCAAUUGUUAUACUUAGGGCUUCAUUUUUUUUAUAUUGUCUUCUCUUGUCUAUGAUAAGUAUAUUCGUCAAUAUCUAGGAGCUUCAACUGUCCUAUGUUUGUACUCUGUAUAGCCUGUAUUAGCCCUUCUCUUUUUUAACGACCACAUCAAAUGUUGCUUUGAACAUAAAUACAAAGAACAUUUCUUCCCAUUUCUCUAUUGUUAGUUCUAUUGAGUUUGUUUAUUAUGUAUAUACAUUAGAUUACUAUCGAUUUGUCUUUCCAGUAUAAAAGCUGCCUUCUAGUUGUAGUUCUUAGUAGUGCCUUAGUCCAAAAAUUUUUAAUAAAGUUUAUAACUGGUUCGUAUCAGAUAUAUUGCCCUACAAUUUUUGUAUUGAGUUUUUUUUGUGUAUAGGUAGUAUUAUUUUCGCAUCUGUUGUUUCUCCUUUUAUUCUUUGAAAAUUUUUUUAACUAAUCUAUAUCAUAGUCAUCUAAUUAAUUUUAGUGCCCCUUCUCCAACGGGUUUUGUUUACUUUUACAUUUGAAUAGAUUAUAGCACUUUUCGUAAAGCUUCUCUUGUGAUUAUUUCAAAAUUUAUAAUUGUGGGCCUUCUAUUCAAUAAUUGCACCAAAUUUUUUUUCUUCAAUUUAUAUAAUAACAAUUUAUUCUAAUCACAUUGGCUUAGAAUAAUGAUUCUUGUCAAAAUUAUAUUUCUUUCUAAUUGAACUACUGUUGUGGUACUCAUUGUAUAACAAGUUUUGAAUACAUUUCCAACAUUUAUUAUGUUUUGGGAGCUGAAAAACAUUUCUUUAAUGACAAUAAAUAAAACCAGUUUUAUUUCCAUAUUCAGGGCUCCUUUCUUGGCACUCUUCAUUACAAUAUUCCAUUAACAUUUAUUUUUAUAUUGUAUGUAAAAGAUCAAUUUUGGCAAGGACCAAAUUUCCGUGAUACUUUCCAAUAACAUGAUGAUUUUUCUUUGUCCUUAUUUAAUUUUAGUUAAUUUCGAGAUUUUACACAUUUUCACCUCAUCCUAGAUAAAUUUUAUUGAUAUAUUGAUAAAUAACCAAAAAAAUUCGAUUGAAUGUUUGAAGAUAUUUUAUUUUAAAUGGAUGAGAAGAAAAUGGUAAGAGAUUUCUCCACAUAUAUUAUAGAAAUUUUUUGUAAUAAUGCAUAUUAUUUUACAAUCAUGUAAUUGCUUUAUACUUAUUAACUAUAUUUGGUUUCUUUUAUAUUUUUAUAAACAUUUUAGGAAAACCUUUACUAGACUAUGAAAAUGGUACUUCUAUUCUAUACUUCUAUUUUGAUUCAAGAACCUUACAUGAAAAUUAUAUCAGAAUAUUUUUAAUUGUGGGUCAUUGAAAAUUUAUUUAUGAUUAAUACUCUCCCAUAAAGUGAUUCAGUGAUUCAAAGACUGAUCAGGUUUAACCCACACUAAUCAAAUAGUUUUCCAGAUAGUAAAAAUGUAAGCGGUUUUUAAUAUCAAGCAUAAGCCAAUUUCCAAACAUCUUUAGCAAAAAAUUAGAGAUUUCUAUACUGUAAACCAAAAAACAAGUUCUAGAAUGAUCUAAACAUCCAAUUUUUUAUUAUUUUAACAAUUCAUAACUUGAUAUAUCCAUUAUAAAUCCAAAUUAUUGAAUUUGAAUCAAUUUUUUUCUUAAACAAAAAUCAUAUUACCAAAAAAUCAUAAUCCACAGAAAAUUUAAUGAUAUUUUUAAAACUAUUAAACAAUUUCAGCCUCUAUAUAAUAUUUCAGAUACAUUUUUAACAUAAUCAGAGGGUACUAUGGCACUUCACUUGAUAUCAUGCAUCUUUCGAUAUCAACAAACCGGUAGCUUAUAAAAUUUUGAAAUUGGCUAUGCUCACAAACUAAAUAUAUCCACAAUUUUUAUAUAGAAUAUUAUUUAGUUGAUUCUAUGAAGGGUUUCAUCAAUAUCAAAUCCUUUGUAGCGAAAUCCUCCAAAAACCACAAAACAAAUAUUUUUUUACAAUUUAUUAUACCAUAACGAAAAGUUUUUUAUUGGGCAUAAGUAUAUAAAUGUAAAAUAUUUAACCAACUUGAAUAUAAUUAACUGUUCCAUUGGUUUCCAAUUCCUCUUUGAGUACCUUACUUAAGAGUCAAAAUUUAUCGAAACAAGAACUGGGGCCACUAAAAUGCAAAUUUUCAAAUAAUUCAUUUAAUUGAAAAGAUUAUUUGUUACAAAAUUUAACAAUAAUUUGAAAAAUGAAAAACAAGGCAACUGUAAUUCUACUACAAUUUUUCUUAUUUUCUCAAGAUCUGUAGAUCUUUCAAAACCCAAAUAAACCUAAAGAAAAAAUAA